AGAUUUCCUGCCAUGGCAGGACCUAACAAAUUAAAAAGAAUUACGCAAGUCACGGCGAAAUAUCUGUGGGACCAAAGAUACCAAUUUCAAUAGAUUCAGUGAAUCUCCGCUAAAAUAAAAAAAUCAAAUCACAUGGCGUGGUAUAGUUGUCACCGGUUUUUGCUCUGUUAUAAUCACACACGUACAGGCUUAAACAACUGCACACGGAAAAGACUUUCCUACCUGCCACUUUGAUACUUUUCUUGCAGGGUUAGGGUUCUCCUCGUUGUCUCAACGUCCAACUAAUUUUUUUAUUUGGUUAUUUAAGCUUUGCUCAGCCUUCCACGAAUUUAAUAUUUCACUCACUCCUGGAAUUGUGGAGAACAAAAAGCUACUCGCGGGAUUCAGAAUCGAAUCUUCUUCACAAGGUAUCUUUUCCAGAGGUGUUAUAUAAAUGGGAAGUACUUUUCACGCUUGUUUAUCAAUAGAUGUGGCUAGAAACAAUGGAGGUCUGAUCUAUGGCGGGCACCUGGAUGUAAAACCUGCUUCUCAAGUGCGAAUAUUUUCAUAUGCAGAGACCCUUGUAUGCUCAUGCAAAUUGAACAGAAGUUCUGUGGCCAGGAAACCCAAUUUAAAAUGCAGUGUUACAUGGGUCAGAGUAUCACAUAGUACACUGCAGCCUUUGACAAAUUUUUUGGGCUCUGAUUUGUGGUGUUGUGUUCCAAAAUUCAGAAACUCUUCUAAGAAGUUUAGCAUGGCCAAACAUGGAAAAGAUCGAUUGAAUGUAAUUUGUAGUGGCAUAAGGUCUUCAGAUGAUGAUGGGACCGGAAGAAAUCAUCAGACUCAGGACAUUCUUGUUGAGAUAGUAAAACUAGAGGUGUCCAAAGUACGGAUGUCAGAGUUACUGGAUGAAAGCUCCAAAAAAAUAGAAAAUAUUGGGUUGCAGACCCAGCUGGACUUUGCUCAACUUGCUGAUCUUACAGUGAAAAUGUUGGACACAUCUGGAAGCCAGGUACUCAAUCAACUGGAUGCAAAUGCUGAUGCAUUCCGGCAGGAACUAAAUAGCACAAAUGCAAAUAUUGAGGCACAAUCUCGUAUUUUUGAGGAAUUUCGAAUUCUUGCUUCAUAUUCAAGAAAUGAUGGCUUAUUCUUCAAAACUCUGUAUCAAGCACCACGAGUACUUGCAAAUCAAUCAAAAAUGUCAACUUUGACAAGAGAGGGUGCAUCAUUGUCAUCCUCAAUCACCUCAGACGACUUUACUAGAAGUUACAAGCAGAUACUGUACGGGGGAAUUUCCUUGGUGUUUCUUUCGUUUUGUUGGAGUUCAGGUUCAGCUCUUUUGUCAGGAUCAUACGUGCGUGCUCCAAAACUCAUUUCAUAUGGGGUCAUCAUGUCUCUCCUUUUUACACAACUAGCUUAUGCGAAAGUCGUGACGGGAGAAGCUGAUGCUCCUAAGGAGAUUGAGGAUAAAUCAGAAUAAUUUUUAAUCCUAAUUCUUCCAGAAAGCUGGUAAAUCCUAUGGAAAUAUUCUUAAGCUGGUUUCAACGCCAAAACUGUAUUAUAUGAUGAUGUCUUGUAAAUAGUUUUAUAUCGCAUUCUUUUAAUAAUUACAAAUCUAUAUUUGAAUGCCCCUUGUACAUUUGAUAUCCAAUGGGCUUUCCGUACUGUAAAAGUUAAUGAAUCAAAUUUUUUUCUUUUUCAAAAAUGUAAAUAAUGAAUGCAAUUCACUGCCACAA